AUGAAACUAAUGAAGUUUGAUAAAUUUGAUAAACCUACCCUUUAAUCUCAACAUGAAAUCAAGUUAACACCCAAUAUUAUUAGAACUCCAAAAUCCUAUUAAUCUUAAACAUUUAUUAAUUUGAAAUCAUCACCCUGUAAUUCAAAUAAAGGAAGUGUUCAUAGAUAAUCUACUCAUAUUAUACAUCACAAAAGUUAAUUCUCACAAUCAUACAAAUCACAAAAUCAAAUACUUUCAUAAUAAAAUACAAUUUCAACAGUUUAAGAAUGCAUUUCAAUUCUUUCUGACUUAAAAUAAACUUCAUUUUUAUUAUUUCCUAAUAAAUAAUUAACUCAAAAAACAAAAGAAAAAAUGGACUAAAUUACUAGCAUUAUUGAUCAAAUGGUACCUUAAGAUGAUAAAGAAGAAAAGAAGAGAUUAAAAAAUUUGAAUCAAGAGAAAAUAUAAUAAAUGAUGAAGCUACUCAUGUAAGAAAAACAGUAAAAAUAUUAAGCAAUCAAAUCUGGAGAAAGCUUGAUCAAAUAGUAAUAAGAAUAAAUUUCAUCCCUAGUAAAUAUAAUUAUAAAUAUUUUAUAGAAAACCAGAAUAUCUAUAUAUUUACCAAGUCAUGAUUAUAUAUGA